GGAAAGGGAGGAAGCGUGAGACUGAGGUCAUGGUCACAACUACAAGGCAAAGAAGUUCUGCUGCUACAUCUGCAGCAAGAGCAACCCCCCCUUCAACGGUGUUAUAACUGAGGGGUAUGAUCUUGAGGGAGUGGACAUGUACAGGGUUUGUCUGACAGAAAGACAAAUCACACCUAUACAUGUCUGUGUGAUGCUUAAUACACCAUAAAAUCACCCCCAUACCACCACAUGACAUGGCAUUAAAGGUGUGAACAGAUCAUUUAUCAACAAUGCACAAGUUUCUUUGCGAAUUUGCUAUUUGAAGUAGCGGGAGAAAUUGCUCCCGGCCCAGUUUGUGCAUCCAAAAUCAACGUUUUAGGUCCUUGAGCGCGCUUGUGAGGCACAGAUAAGGGACACACACCCACGUCCUUGAGACACACAUCGCAGAUAAGUGAGGCGACCAAACAAACUGUCAGAAAGUACACCCGCUCUCAGUCAGUCCUGGCUGUAAAGAUGGGCGUGUGUGUGUCUCUGCCAGAACCGGUGAUCAUUGACAAAAUGCCUCCAGAGCAAGGAGACGCGCUGCUGGAUAAGUUUAACCAGGGGAGCCUGCCCAACGGGAAAGAGGCCACCAAAGAAGAGGGCCUGCAUGCCAGGGGCCAGUGGGCCAGCAAGGCUGAGUUCCUCCUGGCCGUGGCGGGCCAGAUCAUCGGCCUGGGAAACGUCUGGAGGUUCCCUUACCUCUGCUACAAGAAUGGAGGAGGUGUGUUCUUUGUACCGUACCUGCUGUUCCUGGUGCUGUGCGGCAUCCCCCUGUUCCUCAUGGAGACCUCACUGGGACAGUUCACCAGCCUGGGAGGGGUCAGCGCCUGGAGGACUAUCUGCCCAUUAUUUGGAGGUCUCGGUUAUGCCAGCCAAGUGAUGAUCCUUCAUGCCUGUGUGUACUACAUCGUCAUCCUGGCCUGGGCUCUCUUCUACCUGUCCUACAGCUUCCAGGCGGAGCUGCCCUGGUCACACUGUAACAACACAUGGAACACCGAGUCUUGUGUACUGUUCAACCACAAUCAGACAGGCAAUGUGAGCAGCGUGCCGGAGAACGCCACCUCCCCUGUCAUGGAGUUUUGGGAGCGGGAGGUGCUCCGUCUCUCCAGCAAUUUAGACGAGCUGGGACCAAUCAGCUAUAAGCUGGCUCUGUGUCUGGCCGUCGUCUGGCUCGUCUGUUACUUCUGUGUCUGGAAGGGAGUGAAGUCCACCGGAAAGGUGGUGUACCUGACAGCCACCUUUCCAUAUGUCAUGCUGUUUGUGCUGCUGGUGCGCGGUGCCACCCUGCCCGGGGCGACCCAGGGCAUCAUCUACUACCUCAAACCCAACCACACCCGCCUGGCGGACCCACAGGUAUGGAUGGAUGCAGGUACCCAGAUAUUUUUCUCAUAUGGGAUCUGUUUGGGAAGUCUGACAGCCCUCGGCAGUUACAACAAAUACAACAAUGACUGCUAUAAGGACUCUUUCGUCCUGUGCCUCCUGAACAGCUUCACCAGCUUCCUGGCAGGUUUUGCCAUCUUCUCUGUGCUGGGCUUCAUGGCUGAGGAGCAGGGUGUGGACAUAUCCACCGUGGCCCAGUCAGGGCCGGGCCUUGCCUUCAUUGCCUACCCGAGAGCUGUAGCCAUGAUGCCUGUACCCCAGCUCUGGGCUGUCUGCUUCUUCCUCAUGAUCAUUAUGCUGGGACUGGACACACAGUUUGUGAGCCUGGAGGCCCUGAUGACGUCGGUGUCUGACCUGUAUCCUCAUCUGAUCCGACGAGGCCACCGCAGAGAGCUGCUGCUGCUGUUUGUCUGCAUCGUCUGCUUCCUGCUCGGGCUGGUCAUGGUCACGCCGGGUGGCCUGUAUGUGUUCCAGAUCUACGACCACUUCUCCUGCAGUGGAGCCAGCCUGCUGCUGCUCGCCAUCUGCCAGUCUGUGGCCAUCGGCUGGAUUUACGGAACCGACCGCUUCAGUGCCAACAUCAGAGACAUGACCGGCUACAGCCCGCUGCCUGUCUUCAAGCUGUGCUGGAAAUACUUGACCCCAGCUGUGUGCACUGCUACCUUUCUGUUUUCCGUCUUGCAGUGGUCUCCACUGAAGCUGGGGAAAGGUCUGGUUGCUCCAACCUGGGCCACCACACUGGGCUGGUUACUUACACUUUCCUCCGUCUCCCUGAUUCCCAUCUGGGCCAUCUACGCCAUGGCCACCACCCCGGGAACCCUACCACAGCGCUUCAAACAGCUGUGCAGCCCUGCCAAAACCUCAUCGCUGCCCUCCCGCCACUUCCCCAACAACAACUCUGCACUCCCCUACGGUCCUGCAAUGCCCCUGACUGAGAAGCCAAAGUAGCCAAUCAACAACAUCAUCCAGGAUCAUAUGACCUGAUAAGUGGUCAGUGACGAUGUAACACUGGAUCCUGGUCAGCCAGUCAGGUGUGGCGAAGGGGAGGGUCGAGGUUAGAGUUAAUGCCCCGGGUCCCAGUUGAAAGAUAAGCUCACCCAAAAAUGAAAACUCCCACUCCCAUGCCGAUGGAAAGUCGAGGGAAGUUUCAUAGUUCACAAAACCUUCAUGGAGCUUCACAGCAAAUUGGGGACUUGUUUUGAAGAGGUCAUAUUGUGCUUUUGGGGUCUUUGCUUUUACUUUAUUGUGUUCUGAAGCAUUUCAGAACAGUCUUUAAAGUGAAAAGACCCAGAUUCCAGGCCAAAGGGAGUUCCUCUCUCCCACAGAAAACACUUAUCCUGCACUGCCUGAAACGCCUGGUGAAAUAUAUACGCUCCAGUCAGUCAGCAGACAUACAGUUGCUCCUGCUGUAGCAUGUACCUUCCUCAGCAUGACCCACCCUACACUGCCUCUGAUUGGCUACAUCCUGCCUGUGAAGUAAUGCACAUGUGCAACUCGCACUAAAAAUUGAACAGGAGCGAGAUAUCUCACAAUGACAGUGUGAAAAGGGAUGCUGCAGCUAUGCACCGUAUGAGAAAAAUAAUGUGUUUUUUGAAAAUGAAUUCAUGUAAACCUAUUCCACUAGGAGCACGGAAUACGAGUAUGGACAAGAACAUUUGCAUAACAUGACCUCUUUUAGAAGUAAUAAGACAACAGAAAGAUAAAGUGAUCUUAAACCUUAACUAUAACUGCUAUGCUAAAUUUAGCAUGCACCCCAUAUUAGAAACCAUGUAUUAAAGCAAGUCCCCAUGUACUUCAGUUGUUUAGAAGAAUCCUGCUACACUGUUUUGCUGUGAUGCUGCAAAGCUUUACCUGACUUUCCAUCAGCACAGGGCCGAAUUUUACUUUAUGGGAAAUCCGUUCCAUUGUGGGGCUAAAUGCCCUUUGGUCCACUACUGCAGACUAAACAUGGUGUAACAGACUGCAGAUGCAUAUUUCACCUCAGUGAUCUGUUGUGUAAUAGAGCACUGAGGUGAUUCUUACCAGGUACCUAAAUUGGGAGACAGUUUACCUUACCCUUAAGACCUGUCCCACCUCCUGUUACCAGCUACCAGAGACAGUUAUUCUAGACAGCACACACUCCUCAAUCUUUUGCUUAAAAUCCAAAACGUUUCUGUUUACCAGUUGAAUCACUGUACUCGCGGACCAUUUAAUCACAGCACCGCUAGCCAUCUAGCUAAGUAGUAACGCUAAUGUUUUCCUUUUUUCUUUAUUUUGCCAGCAUUAGGGUAACUUAGCCUACCACUCUGCUCUCCAUGAGAGAUGACAGUAUGCGUUAGCUUGUGUGCUUAGCUCUCCACUGAAUAUUUCUGGUGUCAUCUGGCUCUGUGAGUCAGACAUGUUUUAUAAAGUCAUUUGUCUUUUGUAUGUAUGCUGCACCAUUUGUGACUGGCAUAUCAUGGAGUUCAAAUGGUUCAUAACAUGCCUUACAUCGAGACCAAGUGGUGCUAAUGCAAGAGUUGCAUUAGACAAAUACAACUUCUUACUGCCAAUAUAUCAAGUGCUCAACUUGGUGUCAUGGUUCUACGUUAUCACUGAAAACAAACAUUGAAAUGUGCAGUAAUUGUCUUCAUCCAUUCUACAGAUUUGUCUUGUUUAAAGAAAGUGGGAAGGAAAGUUGAUCAUACUUUUUAUUUAGUCGUGAGCUGCUGUCUUAAAUGCAUCCAUUUUAUGUGUAGUUUCUGCAAAAUAGAAAGCAUUAUCAGAAUAUCUUUGUACUGUACCAAAAAUAAUUAUAACUUAUCAAGCUGGGAAACAUGCAAUCAUAGUAUCUAAACCAGCAAACAAUUUGAAUUAUCGCUGCUGUCUUGUUGACAAAACAGUUUUUAUUCUAUGCCACAGAUGUUUAACUAAAAAUUUCAAAGUAGAUUUUAAUGAGAAAAUGACUGCAAAAUAACUGAAUCACUCCGACGUGAAUCAAUCUUAGGCAUGGCAACAUGCAGUAAGUGAAGAAAAGACCUCUCUGCAGAGUACGGAUGUUUAUAUUUUUCAGGAGAGUGUAGUGAAACAUCAUGUCAGAUUUAUUGUUAUGUGUUACAAUGUUUGUCUUUUUCCUUCAUCAACCUUCUGAUGCAGAGAGAAAACAAGAGUGUCCUCUGUUUAAAUCGACAGUGCUGUGUUUCUAUCAAAAAAAAGACAUAUCUGCUUCUAGUUUAUAAUCAUUUCUCCAUACCUUGUACAUAAAAACAACUUAAGUUCAUAAUGUUCCUUUUCAUAUAUCACUUUUAUAGAGGCUUUAAAAUGUCAGAAGGCAGUGUUUCCCCCGGGAAUUCUAACAGCAGCUAAGUGUGUGUGUGUGUGUGUUUACUUUGCGCAUCCGUUCACACAAGAAGGGCUGUCGCAGUACAAUCUACACAGGAUAUGUCAACACUGGCCAAAAAUUACAUUGAUCUGAAGUAAAUACAGAAAUUGAAAUGUGCUUUCUGUUUUUUUUAAUGAGCAUGUGUUGAAUAUUUGGACAUUAUUGAAUCAGCCAAAACCAACGCCUGCGCCACAUAAAGAACUCCCAGUCACAUCCGCUAACAAACACACAACCUCUCUGUGGCCCUUUAUUACAUGAGAUCACACAAUAGAGCUCUCUCUAUGCUGCCUUUGUUUAUUUACAACAGACUAAAUGGUGGCAAUGCCCAGGGAUGUCAGAUCUAUAAUCCGCGACCUUCCCAGACUCUUGCCUAUUUAAAGGUGCAGCAUGUAAAAAUUGGCUAGUUCUCAAAAUAUAGGUAUGAGCAAAUUAACAGAAUAACCUCCAACUGCUGUGGAAUGUAGCUGUUGUUAGCUCGGUUAGCCGUGCAGCCGGCGUUCCUGAAUGUGAACUUGGACCACAGGCAAAUUUUGUUACCUAGGCUGCUAGCACAUCACCUUCUGACCGGCACGGGCCAUGGCUAGCUAGUCAGCACACUAACUUGAUCAUGACAUCCAAACUGUUAUUUCUUCACAUUCUGUUGACGCGGCGAUGUUUCCAGCUAAAAUUAUUACAUAUUGCACCUUUUUUAAGUAGAGAUCAUGAGUUUUAUGGAGACUUUUAUAGAGGCCGCGGCGUGAAUCAGUUAGCCGUGGUGCUGCGCUGCAGUUAAACGCAUCCAGGGGGAAACACUGUGCAAAGAAGGUGUUCUGAAUAAUUGACUUUGCCUUUUGCUUUUUUUUUUCCCAUCACCGUGAGGUCUUUACAGAGUCUCAGCGGACUUUGGGUUAUGAAAUCACCGCAAACUUUUAAGUCUAGGACAGAAUGUACUCUUCACUGGGAAAACAUCGUAAUAUCCAAAAGCUGAGGGACGGGGAUUUUUUUUUUCUUGGGUGUGAUGUGUUUGAUAAUACAAACUUGAAGCUGCUGUGUUUCCUCAAACUGUCACUCAAUUGAGAUCCUCUUCACACGCUCCUCUGAGAUUAAUUUAACGAGAAACAAAGUGCUAAACCCAUCUGGUGUCUCUUUUACAGAAAAAAAGGCUUUCAUUUACUUCCAGUUGAUCCAGGUGUGUUGUUGUCUCCGUUUACAGGUGUAGUGAUGCACCUCUUUAUUUUAAAAAUGGGCUUCUUUUGUAUGCACUAUUGUUAUUUUCUUUUUUAAAAUUUAAAUAUACAUAUACAUUGUGGAUAAAAA